AUGAAUAAAUUAUUUGUAGAUGAUUCAAAUGUAUGUGGAACAUUUAAUACAUUACCUUUUGUUGAAUCAUAUUAUAAUAGAAAGGGAAUAUUAUUAAAGAGUUAUUCCUGGUUAGUUAAGAAUGCAAUUGGUAUAAUAGUAUUAGUUCAUGGUUUAAGUGCUCAUUUAAGACUUCAAUAUUUAAGGCUUAAUGUCAAUGUAGUUAAUAACGACUAUGCUAGAUUAAUUGAUGCAGAUAAUUAUUACAUUUACGAAAAUAGUUGGAUCGAAGAUUUUAAUAAAAAUGGAUAUUCAGUAUAUGGUAUUGAUUUACAAGGUCAUGGAGAAUCGGAAGGAUUAGAUAAAUUACCACUUCAUAUAAAUGAUUUUGAUGAUUAUGUGUAUGAUAUAAUAGAUUAUAUGAAAAGAAUUAAUAAUUCGAUAAUUUCAGAAAAACCUAACCAGAAUAAUACAUUAAAUAAAUAUACUAUAGAAAAUACACAAGAGCUUCUUCCUAUGUAUUUAGUUGGAUUAUCAAUGGGUGGGAACAUUGUAUUAAGAACUUUAGAAAUAUUAGGAAAAUCCAAUGAAAUAAAUUCUAAUUUUAACAUAAAAGGAUGUAUAUCUUUAGCUGGUAUGAUAUCUGUUCGAAUGGUAGGUUCUAUAGAUUCAAUUAAAUAUAAAUACUUUUAUUUACCGGUAAUGAAAUUAUUUUCUCGGUAUUUUCCAACUUUUCGACCUGGUAGAAAGAAAUUCAAAUUUGAGAAAUAUCCAUUUGUUAAUGAUCUGUUAUUUUAUGAUAAAUAUAGAUUUAAAGGACGUAUUACAAAUAAUCUUGCACGUGAAAUUUUGGUUGCAUUAGAUAAUUUACAUAACAAUAUUGAUGAUAUUCCUAAAAAUAUACCUAUAUUAUUUAUUCAUUCAAUUAAUGAUUGUCUUUGUUGGUAUGAAGGAACUGUAUCAUUUUACAAUAAAUUACAAAUCGAUACUAAAGAACUUUAUACUUUAGAAGAUAUGGAUCAUGUUAUAUCAAUGGAACCAGGAAAUGAAAAUGUUUUAAAGAAAAUUCUUGAAUGGCUUUCUAAUUUAUAUGUGCAAUAA